AUGUCAAUGAAAAAUAAUAACGUGCACGAUAUUCUAAGUCAUAAUAGCUUAGAAGCUAAUCAUUCAAAUUCAAAUUUUUACUUUCGCAAAAACCAAAUUGAUGGCAAUAUACAAAGAAUUAAAGAAUGCUUUACCACAUUUACAACUAACCAACCCGUUGAGAGAAAUCAAACUACAGAUACAUUCGACUUACUCUUGAACAAUGAUCAGCGAAAGUCUUUAGAUUUAUAUGAUAUCGAUGUGUCUUCACAAAUAAGCCAAUUUGAACAGCUUGCAGUUGAUAAUGACCCUGCACCGCAUUCAAAUAAUGAUACUAAUGUUAGUGAUAUUUAUAGAUAUAAUUCAAACCGAAAUGAAUUAUUCAAUGAUAAUUUAGCACCUUCUUUACCAAAGCCUAAUCAAACAUUCUCUUCAAAUGAAACCAUUGAUCCUAGUCAUUUCAAUAUUGAAUAUGAAGAAAAUUAUUAUCACAGGUCUUUGCACUCAGAAGCAAUACUUAGACCAAUGUUUGUUUCUGACUCGCAACAAUUAAGAUUAUUUUUUACACAAUUACAACCUUCUUUCCAACAAGAAAUUCAGAUUAUACCUAAUGACCUAACAAAGCAAAUGUUUAGGAAUGCUGGAACCAAGCCAAGAAUACCAAAUAAUCCUUUCUCUAGUCAACUUAUUGCAAUGAACUAUUACGAUGAUGAUCGCAAUGAUGUUAUGUCUUAUUCAUGGAAUACCAUCAAUCAUUUAUUAGGUCCAAUCAAAAGAGCACAACAAACCAUUCCUCUUUAUUGUUGGGAAGAUCAAGUCAUUACUUCAUCCAAUCCACCUCAAUUAGAAACUUCUUUACAUUUUACAACAAACUGUUACCUUAAGCAAGUACCUUCUCGCAAGCAUGCAUUACAAGUUGAUAUGUCAUCCGAGAUAUCAUUUAACGCAUCCAAUCAUUUUAUGAGCCAACGAACAGAAACGUUUGUUGAAAUUCAAGAUAAUUUUGUUUCAGACACACUAAAACCUUCAGUUGAUCUUAACGAUUUAAGAACAAAUGCUCAACCUCGAAAGCAAAGGCUUAGAUAUCCGGGUGAUAUGUAUACUCCUCAAUGGGUAAGAUAUUCAGGCCAUGCUAAAGAAGGAUAUUGUGAUAAUUGCAAACCGGGUAAAUGGUACCAUAAGCAAUUCUUCCAUGGUAUUUCUUCUGUUUCUGGCAAAACGUUUGUUUCUCCAAUCGAGACGCGAAAGUUUCAUGAUAAUUGUAUUGAACGCUUGUGUCAUCAAUGUGGUCAAUGGGUUCCUAUCGCUGCUACAAGGAAAAAGAGCUCAAUGCUUUGGUUUCGGCAUGCGCAUAAAUGUCAUGUUUAUAUUAAACCUAAAAAUUGUCUUCCCCGCAGUAAAGAAUGCUAA